AUGACGCCUACAUCCUACGUCAUCCGCCUGCACGACUUCCGCGCAGUGUUGCCAAAGGUGCUGUAUGCAGACAUGAGUGUCCCAGACUACAUGCAGUGUGCUGAGGACCAUCAGAUGGUCCUGGUAGUGGUCCAGCCCAUGGGCAUCGUCCCAGAGGACCAGUUCUUCCGCAUCUACAAACGCAUUGCCAGCGUGAGCCAGGUCAGCAUACAGGACUCCCAGCGCGUCCUCUUCAUCCGAUACCGCCACCAUUACCCCCCUGAGAACAACGAGUGGGGCGACUUUCAGACCCACCGCAAAGUGGUGGGUCUCAUCUCAGUGACCAGCUGCACCACGACCAAAGAGUGGCCGCAGACGUCCGAUCGGUUCCACGGGCAGAAGGAGGUGUUCGGCUCCACGCUGUACGACUCGCGGCUGCUGGUGUUCGGGCUGCAGGGGGAGGUGGCGGAACAGCAGCGGACAGAUGUGGCAUUCUACCCCAGCUACGACGACUGUCCUGAUGUGGAGAAGCGGGUGGAGGAUUUCGUGGAGUCUAUAUUUAUCGUCCUGGAGUCGAAAAGGCUGGACAGAGCAACCGAUAAAUCUGGCGAUAAGAUACAACUGCUGUGUGUGCCGUUUGAGAAGAAGGACUUUGUGGGCUUGGACACAGACAGCAGAUACUGUCCUGUGAGUUUAUUAUUGGGUGUGAAACGGCACUACAAGAAACGCUGUCAGGGCCGCAUGAGAAAGCACGUCGGGGAUCUGUGUUUGCAGGCAGGCAUGCUGCAGGAUGCCCUCGUACAUUAUCACAUGGCUGUAGAGCUGCUGCGGUCUGUCAAUGACUUCCUGUGGCUGGGAGCUGCUUUGGAGGGCUUGUGUUCUGCGUCUGUCAUCUUCCAUUACCCAGGAGGCACUGCGGGGAAGAGCGGAGCCCGCAAACCUGGCGUCUCCUCUGCUGCCGACGCUGGAAAGAGACACAGACCUGGCGCUCAAGAAGUUCUCAUUGAUCCAGGUGCUCUGACGACCAAUGGCAUCAGUGCAGACACGAGCACUGAGAUCGGCCGAGCCAAGAACUGCCUGAGUCAGGAGGACAUCAUCGAGAAAUACAAGGAGGCCAUCUCUUACUACGGGACCCAUCGUGGGUGGGCGGCAGUACAGUUACGGUUGCUUCAUGAGCUGGUUUAUGCAUCUCGUCGUAUGGGGAACCCAGGACUGUCUGUCAGACAUCUCUCUUUUCUACUGCAGACCAUGCUGGACUUCCUCUCUGACCAGGAGAAGAAAGAAGUGACCCAGAGUCUGGAAAACUACACGUCAAAGUGUCCGGGUGGAAUGGAGGUGAUCAGCCUCCCUGACGGACUCAAACUUCCUCCUGUUCCCUUCACCAAACUGCCCAUCAUCAGAUCUGUGUCUCUGUUAAACCUGCCGGUGAGUCUUCGUCCUCAUAAGGUGAAAGGCCUUCUGGGACAGGGCAUGUCCAGCGCCAGCCCAUUCAUCUACUCUCCAAUCACAAUGCACAGCAGAGGAGACGAGCGCUCGAAGAAGAUCGAUUUCCAGUGGGUGCAGGGCGACGUGUGUGAGGUGCAGUUGAUGGUCUAUAAUCCGAUGCCAUUUGAGCUGCGGGUCGAAAACAUGGGUCUGUUGACAUCAGGUGUAGAUUUUGAGUCUCUUCCUGCUGCUCUGUCUCUGCCAGCGGAGUCUGGCCUCUAUCCGGUUACUCUGGUUGGAGUUCCUCGCACCGCAGGCAACAUCACAAUCAACGGUUUUGGGAGUCAGGAUUGCAGAGGUUUUUAUCAGCCUAACAGGUCGGCUCAUCUGUCCAGUGAAGACCUGUCCACCAGCGUGUCCCUGCAGCUGUUUAACGGAGAGACGCAGCAGCUGACUCUCACCCUGGAGAAUAUCGGCACGGAGACGCUAAAUACACUGGAGCUGACAUCUAAAAACCUCAGCACUAAAGAGAAGCUGUUUGGUGAGUUCUUGACUUGGGACCUGCAGGACGCUCUGUCCCACCUGCCUCUGAAAUCCGGUCAAUCCGUCUCCAUCCCUGUCAACAUAAGCGCCAAACUGGACUUCUCCGGUCAGGAGAACCUGUUACACGACCUGAAUGACGAUGGUAUCAGUGUAACAGGUCUGCCCGUCUCCAGCCCGCUGCGGCAGGUUCUAAAGCCACGCGCUGAAAAUAAACCAGUCGGCAGUGAUGCCAGCAAGAACGAAUUCAAUCACGUCAAGACACUGGAGGCUGUGUUGACCUUUAAAUACAGCGGAGGAGCUGGUCAGGUGGAGGGCUACUCCCGCGAGCUCAGUCUGGGGGUCAGAGUGGAUGUUGAACCUUCAGUUUUCUUCACACGAGUCAGCACUUUACCUGCCACCAGUACUCGUCAAUGUCAUCUACUGCUGGAUGUGUUCAACGCGACCGAACAUGAGCUCACGCUGUCUGCCAAGAACAACCAGGACCUGGUGCUGCACGCCAGCGAGUGUCAGAGGAUGGCCAUUCAGGUGGAUAAGUUUGAUUUUGACAGCAUGCCCGUGACCGACCAUGAUGCACUGCGACAGGCUACAGUACGCCAGCAGGAAGAGAAGAGACAGCAGGUCCACGGAGGACUCAUCAACAGCACACUGGACAUCCACUGGACCAUCUCGUCCCUUCAGCGUCACGGGGAGGCCAGCGUGGAGGGCGUCCUCAACCAGCUCAUACUAGAACAUCUGCAGCUGGCUCCUCUACAGUGGGGUAAGAACACUCUCCUCUCUCCGUCCCUGGCUUCAUGA